AUGAAAUUAAAUGCCGAUAUGGAAAAACAGCUCGCUGCUCAAGAAGAAGCUAAUAAACGACAACAACAAGCAACUUUCGAACAAAUGGUUGCAAUGUUAUUAGCAGUCGCACAAUCAAAAGCGAAUGAAACAGUUACAAGCGAUGAAAAAUUCGAAAUUCAGAUUGAAAACACCACAUACGAAAUCAUUCAAUUUAUUAGUCGAGGUGGUUUCGGUAAAAUUUAUAAGGCAAAAGUUAGAAAUACAGGUCGUACAGUUGCUAUUAAAAUUUUAGAAAAUACACCUGACAUACAAGAAGAAAUAAAAAAUGAAAUCAGUUUUUUACGUUUAAUAAAACGUAUUCCUAUUGAUAAUCAUCCAGUUAUUGAAUAUCGCGGUAGUAAAUUAACCGAGAAAAAUAUUUUUAUUGCGAUGGAAUUCGCUAUUUGUGAUCUGUAUACAUUUUGGAAAAAUAAAACAUUUCACGAAACAACUGAACAAAUAACAAUUUUUGGUAUGGUUAUCAUUGUUUAUGUAUUGCGUGCAUUAGCAUUUCUCGAAAAAUUGAAUAUUAUUCAUGGUGACAUAAAGCCACAAAAUAUUGUUCUUGUUCCAACUAAACAAUAUUUUUGUAUUAAAUUAAUUGAUUUUGGUGCAGCUGAAAAAAUGUAUACUCAACGUGCACAAUUGACAGUCGAUGUAGACAAAGUUCAUACUAUAUUUUUUGCAUCACCAGAAUUUUUACGAUAUGAUUUUAAAAAUCGUAUAUCAAGACAACUCCAUAAAACGUCUGAUGUAUGGGCAGCUGGUGUUAUGUUUUAUCUUUUAUUUUGUGGUGAAUUUCCAUGGAAUGAUGAAAAUACAUAUAGACAUUUUUGUAAUGAUCAACAUGCAGAAGAUGUUGUUGUCCCAGCGGGUGGUGGUUAUAGAAUGAUCAUUGAACUUUUACUUAGGAAAAAUCCAGAUGAACGUUCAAGUGCUAAAGCAACUCUUAUUCAAUUAAAAACACAUCCAGUAUUCGGAAAGAUUGUUGAAUCACUGCAUAAAAGCUUUUGUCCCGUUGAUGAUGUAUGUCAUAUGGAGGUACCUGACGAUGUUCGACAAGAGUUAGUUAAACUUGCACGACCUGGCCAUUAUACCGGUGGAUCUGUUUCACCAUCCGGCAGACCAUCAGCUGAAAAACGUCGUACAUGUCGAUAUGGUCAAAAAUGUUACAAGAAAGAUGCUGAUCAUCGCGAGAAAUUUACACAUCCAGGUGAUGCGGAUUAUCACGUAUCAGAAGUCUCUGAUAAUGGAUUUUGUGAAAAUCGAAAAUGUCGCUAUGGUGUAUAUUGUUAUCGCAACGAUCAAGAUCAUCGUUCAAAAUAUUCGCAUCCAGUCAAUGCCGAGCAUGGCCAUAUGAAGAAACAACAAUACGCCUACGAGACAGACUACUAUAGACAACAGAAUUCUACUCAACUGGAUGAAAACAUUACGAUUAAACCUUCUAUCAUCAGUUCGAUACAAUCAAUGGUGACCCUAAUGGAAGAGUUUUCAAGCAAAGGUCGACCAAAAUCUGUUCAGCCAAACCAUCUGCAAUCAUUAUAUCUGCAAAACUCCAAUCUGUACACUUCUAAUUCUCAAGGUGCUUCUUCUAAUGAUCAUCAUUCCUCAUCAUAUCAACAUUCACAUAUGUAG